CGUCACUACCACAGAAAAUUGGCUUUGUCCUCCGGAGUCAUCAGACGGUGAACUGUGCCGAGUGUCCUCCCCUAAAACUUUUAAACUACAAGUUACUUUUUAUUUGUACUAUGAGUAAUGCACCCACCCACAAUGGAGUAGGUCUAGAGCGGCAGUUUGCUGGUCUAGGCUUGGAGGGACGAGACCACAUUGGUCAACGUGGAGGUGGCCGUGGGGGCCGGGGAGGAGGCCGCUACGUUCCCCCUCAUCUUCGGAACCGAUUGGAAGACGCACCACCACCAGGUGAGAACGAUUAUACUUCAGAUAGGAAUUCUAGGGACGGUUUCGGAAGUUGGUAUGGUUCCCGCAGUUUCCAGAACACUGGCCGUACCUGGGACCAGGAGAGAGAUAGAGAUCAGUACAGCAGUGGACGGAAGAACGGAGAUUUAGGGUCAAAUAACUAUCAGAGGAGAGACAACCGGGGUGGUGGCAGCGGCGGCGGCGGCACCACUGGAGGAGGCACCACCGGAGGCACUGGAUACAGAGGGAAUGAUGGACAGCGUUUCAGGGAACACGAUGACCGCUGGAGAGGAAGCCGGGAUAAUCGCGGUGGCGGUGGUGGUGGAUACGAAGAUCGCUACCGUGAUGGUGGGGGGGUGAAUGGCCCUCCCCGUAAUACACGAUGGAUCGAAGAUGAGCGCGAUCGCUCCUCAGGCGGCGGUGGCGGCGGAGGAAGCUCCAAUAGCCGGUGGCAGGAUCGUGGCAAUGACCGCGACGACUGGGCUCAGCCACUGCCCAGGAAUGAGGUCCUGGAAGCUGAGCUCUUCACCAGCACUGCCGGUCCAGUAUCCAAUAGCGGUAUCAACUUCGACAAAUAUGAUGACAUUCCUGUAGAAGCUACUGGAGAUGAUGUCCCUGGCUCUAUCAGCAGUUUUGCAGACAUCAAACUAACAGAAAUUAUAAAGAUGAACAUAAGUUUAGCCCGAUAUGACAGACCCACACCAGUCCAGAAAUAUGCCCUGCCUUUCAUCCUUGCCAAAAGAGAUCUGAUGGCCUGUGCCCAGACUGGUUCAGGAAAAACUGCUGCUUUCUUGGUCCCAAUCCUUAACCAAAUCUAUGAACAGGGUCCAGUUCAGGUUAAGAACAAUAACCCUCGUGGCCGUAGUAAGCAGUUCCCUCUAGCUCUCGUCUUAGCCCCUACCCGAGAGUUGGCGACCCAAAUAUACGACGAGUCCCGCAAAUUUUCAUACAGGGCUCGAGUACGACCAUGUGUUGUGUAUGGUGGUGCAGAUGUGGUCUCUCAGAUGAGGGACUUGUCUCGUGGCUGCCACCUACUCGUUGCUACACCCGGCCGUCUUGCUGAUAUGAUUGACCGUGGCAAGAUUGGGCUGGACUCCUGCAAAUACCUGGUACUUGACGAGGCUGACCGCAUGCUGGACAUGGGUUUUGAGCCUCAGAUCCGUCGAAUUGUAGAGGAGGACAACAUGCCUCCCACUGGCCAGCGCCAGACACUCAUGUUCUCCGCUACCUUCCCUAAAGAAAUACAGCGUCUUGCCCAGGAUUUCUUGGACAAUUACAUUUUCUUGGCAGUAGGCCGUGUCGGGUCAACGUCAGAGAACAUCACGCAGAAGAUAGUCUGGGUGGCAGAGGAAGACAAGCGAUCCUUCCUAUUAGACAUCCUCAAUGCUGCCGGCCUUGACCGUCUAAAUGAAGCCACUAAGGAUGAAAAAUUGGCCAUGGGUGUACCCCCUCAGAAAGAAGAAUCACUGACCUUAGUGUUUGUGGAAACCAAGAAAGGGGCGGAUGCUCUUGAAGAGUUCUUGUACCGCCAUGGCUACCCAGUGACCAGCAUUCACGGGGACCGCAGCCAGCGUGAGCGUGAAGAUGCCCUCCGCGUGUUCCGCUCUGGCCAGUGUCCCAUACUGGUGGCCACUGCAGUUGCUGCCCGUGGUUUAGACAUUCCACACGUUAAACACGUCAUAAAUUUUGACCUUCCAUCUGACAUAGAAGAAUAUGUUCACCGUAUUGGUCGUACUGGCCGUAUGGGCAACCUUGGUCUUGCCACGAGCUUCUUCAACGACAAAAACCGCAAUAUGGUUCGUGACUUGGUGGAGCUGUUGCAAGAGGCCAAGCAGGAGUUGCCCAAGUGGCUGGAGGCCAUUGCUUCAGAGACGCGCUGGGGCGGUGGCGGCAGCGCAAGAGGACGCAGCGGAGGAAAGAGAUUCGGUGGUGGGUUUGGCUCUCGCGAUUACCGUCAAGCGGAUCGCACCAAGGGCCCCCACACGUCGGGUCCUGCUCGCCCUGGUGGAGGUUUCAACAGCUUCGGGGGAGUUAACAUUUCAGCUCCACCACACUUCAACCAUUAUGGAGGAUACGGAGGUUUCAGCGGAGGCGGCGGAGGUGGCUACAACAGCUAUAAUACUUCAGGUGCCUCCGGAACAGACUGGUGGGGAAACUGAGCCCCAGCAGUGGAGACUCCGGCACCUUGCCACCUUGUGCAACACUUGUUAAAUCUGGGAUUAUACCAUUAGUGGAAGUGCAGUGUUUGCUUUUUCUUUAGUUUAGAUGGGUGGUGUCAACCCUCACUAGUAUGUAAGGUUACUUCUGCCACGGCACGAAGUGUUUGUUGAUUAGCGGUUUCCCUGUACUGACACGUGUGAGUGAUCAGUCUUAAACUGGAGCGAUGCUUUGAAAAAGGAAUUAUAACUUCACUUGAAAAACUAUUCCCAGACAUGUGUAUUGCUUCAUACUUGUACCCAGUAACAAGUGACCACAAAGUGGCAUAGAAAAAGUUUCAGCAGCAGUCAAACUUUUAAGUGUUAUCAUUAUAAAAACCCUGCUGUCUGUUGGAAGAUGUUGACAUGAGUCACUAUGCGGGGUUCUCUUUUAAACUUGAAAUUUUCUUGUGUCACAAGCUUGGAACUUUUCUCUGAAUAUGUUGACCUUAGACCGAAGGCUCACUUGUCUUGAUGUUUAUCGCCCGGAAGUCUGCAUCACAAACCAAAUAUUGACGUUAUUUAGAGAGGAAACUUGGACGUUUCUUUUGCUUCUUUGUGUGAUAAUUAGCAAUCAAGAGGAGGGGUUGAAUAGUAAUAAUGCUGCCUCAUCUCUGAACCUUCAUAGCAUGGAUCUAAAGAGCCAUGUCCCACUGUGUAGCACUGAAAAUGUAGACCCUUUUUGAUUGUAAGUUUACAAAUAUGAUGCAGAAACUGAGGUCAAUUGUGAACCACAUUUUAUCCCUAUAAUGCCCCUAAUGUCAAGGUUGGGCUGCUGUUAACUUUUGUGUCUAAUAUAUACUGUAGCGGUGGUGUUGCCGGGCGACGUAAAGUGAACACGGCCUCGGCGAAAUUUGCAGCAGAGGGACAGAAACGUAGUACGUAAACAUCACUGGACCGCCCGAGCAACAGCAGCGUGCACUGUUGCGUUCAUUAAGGUAUUAUAAUUAUAGAAUUCUGUAGCAUGGCUUUUGGGAAGUUUAAUUGAUCAUUUGAUAUUUUGCCGUCCCUUUUGAUUGUAGUGUUGAACGAGCCUCUGGAGCAGCUGUGGUUGCAGUUAUUUCAGAUUUACUUCUUGUUGCUCAGAAGGAACUUUAAAACUUUGAAACUUGUUCGGAUGUCAUUUGGGUGAGUUCCAAAUGAGUUGCGUUUUUAAACACUUAAAGGAUUGAAUCCAAAAGAGGCUCUGUAUGGAGAUGUGUCUUUGUCUCUCCUCCUCGAUUUUGAACACCCACCAUAUGUAUAUUUUUUUUAUUUCCUUUUUUUUUCCGGUAUAUAUUUAUAAAAAUAUAAUUUUUUUUUAAUUGAUUUAUUUAUUGUUAUUUUUUAAUGGAUUAAUUAUUAUCACUUAAGUUCGGUUGGACUUGGGUGCUGGUUACAGCAUCCUCUACACAGUAGCGGCCGGAGCCGCAACAAGUGGCCGCAGCAUCACUCAAGCCUGGUCUCCUGAAGGCAGUGGCUAGCAUGUUGCAGUAAUGAUCCAUCCCUGAGUCAUACAAAUAACUUGACUAAUCUCAGGGUAUAGGCCUACCCAGUGUUCGACAAAUGUGUUCCUGUCUAGUAAUGUCACAAACUGGGCAGGGAGACAUUGCUGAUCAGCAACAGCAGUGCAUUGAUGCAUCUCAAGUAGAAUUGCUGUGGCACAUUGCAGCCUUCUUAGAUAUUAAGUCAAACUACCUGUAAAUUGCGAGAAGGCCGAGUGUGCCUGGACUCACUUUGGCGAACACUGCCAUUAUUAUUACUGUGAUAUUGUUUGAUGCCCGCGACGAUGCGGGAUAGGGUGCGGGGCCAGGUUUGGGUUGUGGCAGAGAACGCCCCCGGCAGAGGGCUGCCAGCUCUUCCCUGGCAUAAGCUAGCAGGGUUGCAGCGAGUUCUGAUGAUAGUGAGACAGAGGUACAGCCCACAUUCCACUUUUAUCAUGAUCCUCCACAAAAUGUUUAUAUAGUUAUACUUGUAAUCUCAGUCAUAGUCUGAGUAUUGCCAAAGAUUGUUAGUUUGUAUGUUCAUGUACAAAUGUUGUCUUUAUUUAGUGAUCCAUAUUUGUUAUUGUAGAUGCUGACAUAAGCAAUCCUGCUUAUGCUCUCCUCAGACUAACUCUAGUCGGUGAUGGCGCGCUGUUCCUCAUAAUAAACAGGCAGGAGUGUGUGUGUGAGUUGCAAGAAUUUGGCUCCUGGUUCCCAGUGAACAAAACUUAAUUGCCCAUAGAUCUGAAUUGUUGGGCAUUUCUCAUGUUGAUAUCUCAUCAGCUGCUUGUAACUUGUUGGUGCUAGAAUUUAAUAUUAUGUCCAGGAGCUUUGAUCAGGUACAAAGUUCAUAGCACAAUGAUCUGUCAUGGAGAGAUUAUGUGUUCAAAAGUAAUCUGGUGUUUUAAUAUAAACACUGCUCCUGCAGUGGGAUGCUGCAUUGUUAGCUAGUAAUAUUGAAAUAAACAAUAAAAUUGUGCAAAAUUAAACUUUUAGUGGUACAAUAAUUUAUAGUUAAUGUACAGACCGUGCAUUUUAUGUAAUGGCUCGUGUGGGAUUCUAGCCAAACAAAGAAAUAUAGAAGUUUUCACAUUAUAUAAUAUAGUUAAUAUACCAACAUUAUUUGAUGCCUGGAGCAUCAGGAAUGCUUUAUAAUCAGCCAAGUGACACUUACAGCAUGUGGAGAUAUACCAGCAACCCAAAUAGGGGUUGUGGGGGUGCCACUUGCCAAUGCUUCCAACUUACACCAAACCAAGUGUGUUUCAUAGAGCAAUAUUGACAGUAAUCAGUCAAUGAGAGUUUAAUACUUUGAAGCACGGUUUUGUGGCUGGGUUGUAAGCAGUGGUGGGAGGCCCCAGGGAUCAUCUUUCCACCAAGGAAGAGCAAUGUCAUUUUCCGGGCCCUGCGAGAGCUUCAGAUUAGCUCUUCCGGGAGGUCAGGAAGGGGUCCUCAACAUUUCCCAUGGAAAGAAAGUGUACCUAAUAUUGGGGAAAUAUACGGGGGGUCUCUGCGCCAAAUAUUGUGUAGAUAAAAUGUAUUGUCUUUUUAUACAAGAUUGCAAGCUAUUUUUUAUUUCUCUCAUUUCUAGAGAUUUAAGGAGAGAUCUCACAUUGAUAGGGAUGGCAAAUUGAAGUCUACUACUAUUAUAUUCACUCUGGCAUUUAGAACAUUUAUGAACUAGAGAAUGUACUCAAGCUUUCUAAAAUAUAAUAAAAACAGUAAAAUAUUGAA